GCCAGGCAGUGAGCCUACUGCUUCAUCUCUCACAGUGACCAACCCUUACCGACUCAUUCAGUCCUGACGCGACAGCAUGGGGAAUAAUGUCAGCCAGCAGUCAGAAAAGCGCAAAGCAAGACAAGCGCAAACCCUCAAUCCGCCCCGAAAGUCCUCACAGCGGUUUUCAACUUCCUCGUUGGCAGCGUCGGUGGGAUUAAACAAGCGCUCGCCACGGCAAGAUUCUUCGGUCCCACCAUCGCCCCCACCUACCAUUUUUGCUGUGCCGGUGUCAGAGCCACAACCGGAACCAGAGCAGGACGGCAAGCCGCCAACGCCGCCACCGCCGCCACCAGAAAAGGAAAGCAUACCGGAGCCUGUUAUUGAGGUGAGAUUUGAUUUGGUCUGCUUUACAGCUGCUUCCAAAUCUCAUCUUCUCCCAUCUACCCGUCGUUCAUUCCAUCGCAUAACGACAAUCAGGGUACUUACGCUCAAGGAGCAAUCAUGUCGUCUCAAUCCGCUACCGUUCCUUGCCAGUAUCGCACAGGUCGUACGCUUGGAAGCGGUACAUAUGCUAUCGUGAAAGAGGCCAUACACAUCAAGACAGGCAAAUACUAUGCUUGCAAAGUCAUUAAUAAGAAGCUCAUGGAGGGGAGGGAGCACAUGGUUCGCAACGAGAUUGCAGUAUUGAAGAGGAUAUCCAGUGGUCACCCGAAUAUUGUGACGCUGCACGACUACUUCGAGACAUCACACAACCUCUACCUUUGCUUCGAUCUCUGCACUGGUGGCGAGCUUUUUGAUAGCAUAUGUGCUAGGGGACAAUACACUGAGGCUGACGCGGCUGGACUCGUCCGCACCAUAUUUCAGGCAGUCAAAUAUAUUCAUGACUGCGGGAUCGUGCACCGCGAUCUCAAGCCGGAGAACUUGCUCUUCCGGUCGAAGCCCGAGAAGACUUCAGAAAUCAUGAUCGCAGACUUCGGUCUUAGUCGAGUCAUGGAGGAGAACAAGUUGAGCAUGUUGAAGGAAGUUUGCGGCACACCUGGGUACAUGGCCCCCGAGAUCUUCAAAAAGACGGGUCAUGGAAAACCUGUCGACGUCUGGGCCAUGGGCGUAAUCACAUAUUUCCUGCUCGCUGGUUACACCCCUUUCGAUCGCGACACCCAACGACAAGAAAUGGAAGCCAUUAUCGCUGGAGAUUACAAGUUCGAGCCUGAUGAGUAUUGGUCCCUUGUCUCUGACACUGCCCGGGACUUCGUUGCUACUUGCCUGACUACCGAUCCCGACAAACGUCCGACUGCGGCACAGAUGCUUGAGCACCCCUGGCUCGCAUCUGAGAUACCUCACUUCGUCGAGAACGAGACGGGUGAGCCAAGAGACUUGUUGCCACACGUCAGGAAGGCGUUCGAUGCGAAGAAGACAUUCCGAAAAGCCGUGUUUGGUAUGAUGGCGAUGAAGCGCAUGUCGACGCUCGCCCAUCACAUGUCGCCAGAGGCGCAUAAGCUAAACGAAGAUUUGUACCAGUUCAAGCAAGAGUCCGAAAAGGAAAAAUUCGAGGACAUACGUGUCGUCCACCAUCACAAUGCCGACGAAGAGCAAUCGCUCAAGUCCCAGGACGAUAUCUCCAUUGCAAAGGGUCCAAAUGGAAAAGUGUCGUACGGGACCGACGUUAGUGAGAAACUCGCUGCUGUGAGCCUGGCUGUAAAGUCAGGUAGCAACCCUAAGAGCGUCUGAUACACGCGCACUAGCCUUGACAUUGACUACAAGGAUGGAACCACUAUGUUGAUAUAUGUCGUUGG